AUGGGCUCGACAGCAACUCUCCGGCAGAGAGUCACCAGUCACUGUGCUGUCAAGGACCAACUCCAACGCAUCUUCGGCUUCAUCCGCUUCAUCAGCAUCCGCGGCUGUGUCGUCGGUCUUUUCUCGCAACCAAUCGAUAUCCACUUCUCGCACCUCGCUCUCGUCAGUAAGGUACAUUGCAUCCUCUCCCAAGCCAUCAGCCAAGAAUCGAGUGAGCUUGUCGUCGCUACCACCGGACUAGACUACAUCGACCUUCAAUUGAUCCGCAAGCAUCCAUUGUUUCUUGUAUCCCACCACAUCCGCGAGGUUGCGCUAGAUGUCUUCCAUGAGAAAUGCGACUUCGUAGUCGACUUCCACAGAAUAUACCACACCAAAGUCUCCUCGACCGUCAACGACAACUUGAGGGCUUACGAGAGGUUUUGGAUCUCUGAAGGACCGCCAAAGAUGGUUGCGGAUACUUUGCAAAGACUCUCGAGGCUCUAUCUCCGCCUGCCUGUUCCUAGCUGCGAGAACGGCGGCCACCGAGGACGCGAUGAGAGUGACUGGAUGGAUGGCAGCGACGGGCAAGGCGGUGGUAAUUGGAAGAUCAAAAGCAUGAAACGUGAACAGGUAGAUGCAGUAAGGGUACUGCGAUGCUUGGACUCAGUCAUGACGCUGGUAAUGACUGAUCACUCGACAGCAGAGGCGCGCGGACGAACAGCCAGCUUGUCCCGUAGCACCUCACUAAGACGCAGUCUCUCGAGAGCAAGAAGUAAGAGCCGUGGACGUCGUUCCGAGAGCCGCAGUGAAUCCAGGCAAGCUGGCGAUGAAGAAGAAAAGCGACGACUUCAACGACUCGAAGUAACGCUCGUGAAGAAAAGCUCGCACGUAAUGGUAUUGCCGGAGACGCUUGGCUUGAUCAAGCUUCUCCGUUCCGUCGCAGUCAACGGCUUCACGAAAUAUUUCUUCGAAUUGGAGGAACAGCAAGUCCUUUGGGCCACGAAACAUCGGAAAAGGUGGAAGGGGUUCGAGCCUGACGGAACGAGGCUUCUUAAUGACCUGCAAAACCUCACAAUCGCUGACAAACCCAUCGAACCCAUCCACACCCCUACACAGUUCAAGUUCGUCAAGGUUGACAACACCGGAAAGCUGCAACUAUCCAAUACACCUAUCAUCGUGCUAGAGCGACAAGCUGAAGAAGAGAAUUCACAACCUGUGCACCAAGCGUCAGCUGCACGACGCAUAGGCCUACCAUGGGCACGUAAAAAGACUCACGCACGCAAGGACAGCAACGAUAGUUUCGCAAUCAUGAUUGACCAGGGCAAGGAGAAGGUGGGAAGCAGUGGCACGAUUACUUCGGGGCGCAACAACCCACCAUCCGUUGACGAGCUGAAGAAGAUCGUGGAGGACAUCAAGAAUGGGUUGUAUUGA